AAGGCGGUCGGACGAGGAGCCCACGCGGACGUCAGGCAGCCAGGUAUAUAAAAGGCCUUCGGAGAGGAAUCCGCUAUGGACUGAGAGCCCUUGGGGUGAAGGGGCUGCUUUUUCCGCUCCUCCGUUGCAGAGAUAAAAGGAGCCGGCAAGGGGUAUCGUAUCCCAGAGGAUUCUUUGGUGGCCUUUUGGGUAUUUUCUCCUCUUUCUCCUUGUGCACCGCAGAGCGCUGACCUUUUCCCGUGGAAUUGGAGUCUCUGCCACUCCACCCCCUGUUCCAGCUGGGAGGACGAGGUCUUUCUCCGCCUCUGUCUGUGCGGGCACUUCUGUUUGAAUGGAAGAUACAUCUUUCUGCUGAAACUCUUUUGUUGUGACAUUGCAUAAUAGACGGUUGUCUUACCGCAGGAAAUAAAAGAAACGAAAGGAAACAGAGAGACGGAAGGAAAUUGUUCCCUAAAGCAAAACUGAAGCAGGGAAGAGAACACUAAAAUUACUUCAAGCUUUCUCCAAGAGCUAGAAGACCACUAAUCUCCUAGCUCCAGAGGAAAAUACUCUAUUACAGAAACUCCUCAGCAGUCAGUAACGAUGAGCAGCCCUGGUGUUUUGUCUGGAUGCAGCUGCUAAAGGAAAGCUUUGGAGGGACGUGGGGUCUCUGGCCUGUAUGAUGCCUGAAGACAGAAAUGCUGGAGUCCGCAGCCCAGGUGCCUUAGCGGCACCUCCUUUCAUUCCUAAAACUACUUACAGGAAAAUUAAGCGGUGUUUUAGUUUCCGUAAAGGUAUUUUUGGCCAGAAACUAGAAGACACUGUCCGAUACGAAAAGCGAUAUGGGAACCGCCUGGCUCCUAUGCUGGUGGAGCAGUGUGUGGAUUUUAUCCGGCAGCGGGGGCUGAAAGAAGAAGGCCUUUUUCGGCUGCCUGGGCAGGCUAACCUUGUCAAGGAGUUGCAGGAUGCGUUUGACUGUGGAGAGAAGCCUUCUUUUGACAGCAAUACAGAUGUGCACACGGUGGCAUCGCUGCUGAAGCUGUACCUAAGGGAACUCCCAGAGCCAGUCAUACCAUAUGCAAAAUAUGAAGAUUUUCUUUCCUGUGCCAAAAUGCUCAGCAAGGAGGAAGAAACGGGCCUGAAAGAAUUGGUGAAGCAAGUAAAGAGCCUGCCAGCUGUCAAUUAUAAUCUCCUGAAAUACAUCUGUAGAUUCCUUGAUGAAGUCCAGUCUUAUUCAGGUGUAAACAAAAUGAGUGUGCAGAAUCUGGCUACUGUGUUUGGCCCCAACAUCCUUCGCCCUAAAGUGGAAGAUCCUUUGACUAUCAUGGAGGGUACCGUAGUAGUCCAGCAGCUGAUGUCAGUGAUGAUAAGCAAGCAUGAAGAGCUGUUUCCCAAGGAUGCAGACCCUGAGAUGGGACCUGAGGUGUGCAACAAUAACAAUGAAAUGCCAAAGAAAGCAAUCGUGGGGCAGCUGCAGAACAAGGAGAAUAACAACACCAAGGAGACAGCAGUGAGGCGCUGCUCCUGGGAUAAACCUGAGUCUCCCCAAAGGGGAAGCGUGGACAAUGAAUCUCCGACUGCACAGCCAGGCAGCAAGACAAAUAGCCCCAGGAACAGCAUCCAGAAAUUAGAUGUCACCAGAAGCCCACCCCUCAUGGUGAAAAAAAAUCCGGCUUUUAAUAAAGGCAGUGGCAUAGUCACCAAUGGGUCGUUCAGCAGCUCUGUGGAGGGCCAGGAGAAGAGCCAGACCUUGCCCAACUGCACCCUGCAGAGCAGGAGAACGUCCUCCCUGAAAGGAGCAGUGACGAAGAUGGGCACACAGAGCAUGCAGAACGGUGGUGUGCGGAUGGGUGUUUCUAGCACUGACGGGCUCCCCACCACCCUCAACAACCGGGCCGCGGGCUGGGCGCCCAAUGGCUAUGUCACGCUGAGGGACAACAAGCAAAAGGAUUCAGUCAGCGAGUCGGGGCAGCACAACAGGCUCUCCACCUACGACAACGUCCACCAGCAGUUCUCCAUGGUGAACUCUGACGACAAACAGAGCGUGGACAGUGCUACCUGGUCAACGUCGUCUUGUGAAAUAUCCCUCCCCGAGCACUCCACCUCCUGUCGUUCAUCCACCACCACCUGCCCCGAGCAGGACUUCUUUGCGGGUAACUUUGAAGACUCUGUGCUGGAUGGACCACCAAACGAAGACCUCUCCAACCCGGGUGACUAUGAGAACAAAAGUGACCGAAGGAGCGUGGGUGGCCACAGCAGCCGGGCCACCAGCAGCAGUGAUAACAGCGAAACAUUUGUGGCCAACAGUACUAACAACCACAGUGCUCUCCACAGCCUGGUGUCCAGCUUGAAGCAAGAGAUGGCCAAACAAAAACUAGAGUAUGAGACAAGGUUAAAGAGCUUGGAGCAGAGAAAUCUCACCUUGGAGACUGAACUGAUGGCCCUACACGAAGAGCUGGAUCAAGAGCGGAAGAAGUUCACGAUGGUAGAAAUCAAAAUGCGUAACGCGGAACGGGCCAAAGAAGAUGCGGAGAAGAGGAAUGACAUGCUGCAGAAGGAAAUGGAGCAGUUUUUCUCCACUUUUGGAGAACUUACGGUAGAGCCUCGCAGACCAGAAAGAGGCAACACCAUCUGGAUCCAGUGAGCGUUGGAGGCUUGGACUGUGGGACCUCAGGGAAGGGCUUGGGGGUAUUACACUGCAUCAGGUGGCUGGUCACCUGUCUGAGGCUAGUACUCAACAUAAUGUUAUAAACCCUUGAAGGAGGAAAUCAUAGACAUUAACCAUUCAUAUCUACAGCGUGUACUUAUCAAGUUAUGCUCUUUGAAUGCUUCAUAAGACUACUGUCAAGUGUUACAACUGGAUAUGUGUAUAUAAAUUUAAAAAAAAAAAUCACCUUAGAGAGCAAGAGAUGUAUCUCAAGAAAUAUUUUAAUGCAAGUCUUGUAUUUAAACUGGUAAAUUGAAAUGUUGUUGCAAUCAAGCUUUAUAUCAAGGCUUUUCUCCCUUGCACUUAACAUAAUAAGCUAUUUUUGGCAUUGUGUUACCAUCAGCUUAUUUUGUAUAUCAAAUGUUGUUUUUUUGUUUUGUUUUGUUCCCCCCUCUAGCUGGGGAGUGAAGAUAAACAGAUACCUUAAGGUAUGUGUGCCGAUGCUUAACCCUUUGCGUCGUUUUUUAAGAAGACAGCAGGAUGAGAAGCAGCAGUUUGCUGUGGGUAACAAAUGUAUUGAUUUAACAAAAUUUCCACCUGGCUGGAAAUUACCAUAGCACCCAUAUUGAACACCCUGUCAGGAAAUCAGGCCACUGAAAUCAGGCAGUUAGUGUUGAAAGGUGCUUGUAUGGGAGGAAAUGUGGGUAGUAAAGAGUAAGAAGUUGAAAGAGGGGAAAAGAGAACGUAAGGGGAAGUUGGUUGAAGAUACGGCUAGCACUUUUUGGGGUACCCUAACACAGCCCUGUGCCCGAUCACUGCAGCUCAGAGCAGGAAUGUAAACCAUUUGCUCUGACCACAUUUACAUCUGUCUUACCUCAGCAUCCUGGGUGAAAGGAGCCUUUCCUGUAGUGCUUGCAAACGGACAGAUGGAGUGGGUGAAGGGGACAUGUGGACAGCCUUAGUAAUGUGACGGAUGCUGAACAAAACACAAAACCACACAACUGAUGAGCAGAAUAGAAAUUACCAGGACUCGUAUCAGAAGCAGCAAAUAAGGAAGAAAACACACGGACAUUAACCACCCGUAUUUACAGUGCACUUUAGCAACUUACACUGUUGAAGGUGUGUUACAACUGUGAAAGCAGCCAGGCUCAUAGCAUCACCAGGGGAACACCCAGAGGGAACAGUGUGGAGCCUAACAGCAUGCAGACUGCCAGUGAAAAAAUCCAAAGUCAUGCUGUAAAUGAAUAACCUAUUUGGCAUCUUUACCUAUAGUAAGUAUGACUGGUAUUUUCUAUACCAUGCUAAAGAUAUUUUUUUUUUCUUAACUUUGUGUUUAGGGCCGCAAGUUGUAUUUUUAGAGGGUUGUUGAAACAUUUUGGCUUCCCUCUAGUGUCACUGAAAUGUAUUACAGUUAUUUUCAAACUCCAGUUGAGAAAGAGCUCUAAAUGUAGUCUCGAAGAGGCUACAAUGUCCAUGGCUGUACCAUGGACAUUAGGCAAAUAUUAAUUAGACAUGGGAAGCAAAUAUGAGGUCUGUGUUUCAGAGAAAUAACAGCUGGGAGUGGAGCAUUCCUCUUGGCGCUUGCGGAUGCAUUGUUUGUGUUCUCUGAGGUUCAGAGGCUCCAGUCAGGGUGCCUGUUGUGCUAAUUACUGUAAACAAGUCUAGUGCACAUCCAGUCUGUCUGCAAAUGAGAACAACUCAGGGAGAGACCAAGGUAAGAGGAAGCAGAAUGUUUUGCAUUGGCUAGCAGCAAUCAUGAAAAGUCCGUGCAAUGGUAAGAGAAGGAAACAUUGCUAUGUUAAUUACGUCUGUGUCACCAAAGCCUUGGUAUCAUAUGCAGUAAGCCUCUAAGUCAAUUCAGAAUUUAUGUAGAAUCCGAAAUCUGUUGUCAUGACAGCAAAGUCUCUGAGAUGUGUAUUUUUGUAAUUGGAAUUCCUAUUUUCACACUAGAGGUAUAUCUUAGCCCGUGCAGCGGUAUGUAAGGUGCAGAAAGUCACAGCUGCCUCCAGUGCCCUGGGCUAUACAAUAUAUAUGGAAGAAGGGAAGGUGUUCAAGGUGCAUGUACUCUCUCUGUUCAAUUUGGAUUAUCUUUGGUUUUCAGAGGAAAAAACCUGGAAGCUUCCAGUGAUCUCAUUGGCUGCAUUCUUUCCUUAUAUGUUUGAACAGGUUUCUUCUUAAUGCUUUGGUUUCUGAAUCCAGAUUGUUGCUUUCUGAAGCUUAUUUCCUGGUCUACCCCAAACUGAAAAAAAUGCACUUUAUAGUGCAUUAUCUUCAGGUCUUUUCACUCAAGAUGCCCAAGAUGGUUUAUAAGACAAACUAUUUUAGUUAAAAUCUUCAUUUUCGGUGUAUACAGAGAUAUAGAGCCUGCUCAUUUUGUAUAUAUAUAUUUUUUGAGAUUGCCAUUAAACACACUUCAUUCAGA